AUUUUUUUUGGUCAUCACGAGAGAAUCGCACAAAGAAAAGGCGACGGAGAGAAAGAGAGAGAGAGAGAGGUGGAAGAGGAUUUGAUAUUUGUUGGACUCAAAUCGAAAAAAAAAUUGAAAAAAAAAGUAAAAAAAGAGGUAGAGAAGCUCCGGAUGCCGUCUCUUUCCGUCGUCGGCGACGGUGGUUAUGCCUGUUGGCUCUGAGGUUGUAUCAGGCUUCCUAUUGAGUGGGUUGUGUUCUUGUGAGGUAUGGAGCAAGUUUUCGUCCACCAUCAUCAUCAGCUUUUCUCGUUCCAAGAAGCGCUCGACUGGCGGUUUCUUGUUCGUUCUGAUUUCCUUGUGGGCUCUUUCGUUAACUGCACUUAGUUGUCUAAUUCCUGAGUCAGGGCUGAAGUCUGCUAAUUCCUCCUUUUUAUAUUCCUAGAGAAACCUUUUAAUCUUCUCCCUCCGGACAAAGAUUUGGUAGCACUCUCUUCCAUAUCUUGUUCUUAUGGGUGCUGGUUGAAGAAGGAUAUAACAUUUUUUUUUCUUUGAGUUUUGAGUCUGAACCUCUUGAGUGAGAUGUUGUGAGCUUUGGGUCCUUCCUGUUAGCCAACACGUUCUUUCUUGUUGGUUCCUUUGUGUCUUUGAGUUCUCAGUAUGUGUUUUACUCUUCUUUUGCUGUCUUUCUUUUCCGUUAAUGGUCAACCCAUUGGUGCUCAAAGUAAAUAAUAGUCAGUCUACCUAGCUGGAGAAUCAUUGAUUUUACUGCUUUGGUGUUCAGUCCUUGCUACGAACAACUGGAAGAUUAAUGCUAUAUAAAUCUUUCAGAAGUUCUUUACAUACAUAAAUUAAAGAGGCUACUUUGCUUUACCGGAAAGACAAUGGACAGGUACAAGUUAAUUAAAGAGGUUGGUGAUGGAACUUUUGGUACCGUUUGGAGAGCUAUCAAUAAGCAGACGGGUGAAGUUGUUGCAAUUAAGAAAAUGAAAAAGAAGUACUACUCAUGGGACGAAUGUAUCAAUCUGAGAGAAGUGAAGUCGCUUAGGAGAAUGAAUCAUCCAAAUAUCGUGAAGCUGAAGGAAGUCAUCCGCGAACAUGAUAUCCUAUACUUUGUUUUUGAGUACAUGGAUUGCAACCUCUAUCAGCUUAUGAAAGAUCGACAAAAGCUUUUCACAGAAACUGUUAUUAAAAAUUGGUGCUUUCAAGUCUUUCAAGGCCUUUCCUAUAUGCAUCAGCGUGGUUACUUUCACCGCGAUCUUAAGCCAGAAAAUCUAUUAGUCUCUAAAGACGUCAUUAAGAUUGCUGAUUUUGGUCUUGCACGGGAGGUAAAUUCAAGUCCACCUUUUACCGAGUAUGUUUCUACACGCUGGUACAGGGCACCUGAAGUACUCCUACAGUCAUAUGUCUACACAUCAAAAGUUGAUAUGUGGGCGAUGGGAGCUAUUAUGUCUGAGCUGUUGUCUCUUCGUCCAAUAUUUCCAGGGGCUAGUGAAGCAGAUGAAAUCUACAAAAUCUGCAGUGUCAUAGGCAGUCCAACUGAGGAGACCUGGUUAGAGGGACUUAAUCUUGCUAACACCAUAAACUAUCAGUUCCCUGAGCUUUCUGGCGUGCCUCUUUCAAGCUUGAUGCCAUCUGCUAGUGAAGACGCAAUUAAUCUUAUUACGCGGCUUUGCUCCUGGGAUCCAUUGAAGAGACCAACUGCGGCAGAGGCUCUGCAACACCCGUUCUUUCAGAGUUGCUUUUAUGUCCCACCAUCUCUCCGACCCAAGCCAUCUGUUGCAAGAACUCCUCCGCCUGUCGGACCAAGAGGAUCGUUCGAGCACCAAUCAGUUAAACGGCAGUCUGUGUCUCUGGCCAAGCCAUUCAACAAUGUUUCUCCAAAGCCGAGUGCUGCCUUUGGCAGUGGCGUCCAGAGGAAACUCGACAUGGCUAAGCAAGAUGGAACGAGGAACACUAAACCGGUGAGAAGUUCUGUCAAAGACUCCAAAUACAGACCACCCGGAAGAAAGAGUCCUCCUGGAGGUAAUGCAGCAGGUUCGUCAUUGAACAAGAACCGGGUCGCACGUGGUGUGUCUGAGACUGCUGAUAAACUCUCGAACAUGACCGUCAGAGGAACCGUGUCUAGAAGACACUCUGUCUUAGUGAUGCAGCAACAGCAGUUGAAGCCACCGCCGAUGAAGGCAGGUUGCGUAGGAGAAAAACGUGACAUGUUCCUUAGACCAACACAACCCACCACCGGUGCCUACUCUAGGAAAGUCGCCGGCUGAUCCAAACAACCUCUCAACACAGUAACCAAUUUACUUUAUGUCUUAUAAUAUAUAUACUCUGGUUUGUCCCCUAAGUCGUCAUUUCAUAAAAAAGAAAAAACUUAAACGUCUCCUUUUCAGUUUUGUGUCGUCUACAGGUACUUGUUUUAUUUUCUUUCUGUAAUUUCAGUGUGAUUGGUUUGUAUUAUGCGUGACGCUUGACUUCAUGGUUUGCAAUAAAGUUCGACUUGGGACUA